AUGGCAGCGGCGGUGGACGUCGGCUACGUAGCUGGCCACCUCGGCUUGCCUGAGUCGACUGUGUCGACCGUCACAACCGAACCUACCCCCGAGCUCGUCGCAAGCCUUCUGGAGGCCGUCAUCUCUAAGGCUCGCGAGUACGAUGAGCUGUAUGCGCAAAAACUGCAGGUCGACAUCGAGCUUGAGAGCGCGAACCACAGUGCCGAGUCGAAAUGUCAGAGUUUCAAGGCGACCGCCGACAAGGCUUUGAAGGACGUGGAGGAAGUUCGCCAGAAGCUCAAGGAGGAAGAGACGAAACGACAAACGGUCGAGAAUGAGCUCCAAUCCCUCAAGUCCCGUGGUUCCGACUACGAUUCCGAAAUCACGACCCUCCGCGACCGCAUCGAGUCCCUUCAAUCUUCUAACCGCGCAAAUAUGGCUCUGCUGGAGUCGCGCAAUGCCCGCGACUCUGAGCUCUCCGAGGAGCUUGCGAAGCAGCACCAAAAGAACGUACAGCUGAACAAGGAAAUCACAUCUCUCCAACAACAGGUCCAGAGCGCGCAGGCAGCGGUAAGCAGCGCCAAGUACCGCGAAGAAUCCCUCCAGCAACAGCUCGACCUUGCGCGACGCAACAGCGAAUGGUUCGAGACCGAGCUCAAGACCAAGAGCGACGAGGCCUUGAAGUACCGCCGCGAAAAGGGAGCCCGAAUCGCCGAGCUGCAGCGUCAGAACGAGGAUGCCAAGUCGAACAUCGAGGCCCUCAAGCGAAGCGAGCAGCAACUGCGAGACCGUCUCGAUGCCGCCCAGGCCAAGGCCGAGGAGGCUCUGACCAAGGUUCAACAGCAGCAGGAGGCCUUUGCACGCAGCGAAGAAAGCUACAAGCACGAGCUGGAGAACAAACAGCGUGUCGUCGAGAUGACAAACCAGCUUGCCGACAGCCACAAGAAGCGCGUGCAGACCCUCGAGGGUGAGAAGGAGUCUUUGAAGGAGAAACAUUCCAACGAGAUUCGAAGGAUUCAGCAGGAACUUGAGAGGGAGAAGGAGACGUGCCGCGAGCUUGAAGAAAGGAUCACGCAGCUCGAAGGCGAACUUGAUCAGGUCCACGCCCGAAUGGAGCAAGGCCCUCCUCCCGGCUCCCCCGCUCCUCAGACUCCUCGCAUGAACGGUUCGCUGCUCGGCCGCCCUGCUUCGCCCUUCGCAACACCUGGCUCUGCCCGUGCCAGGUCUGCGAUUACCGCCACCCAAGCCAUCGAAGAUUUAUACAAGGUCAAGGGCCAGUUGGCCGGAGAGAAGCGCCGGAACCAGCAGCUUGCCGAAGAGCUCGACAACAUGAUUGCGCUGUUGGAGGCCAAGUCCCCCGAGAUCGAGGAACUGCAGAAUGAGGCCGACUCACUGAGAGCCGAGAUCACCCACAUGUCUGAGCUAUCUCAGACCAGCUUCGAGGAGCGCGAUGCCGCUAAGAAGAGCGCCAGGAAGGCAGAGAGUGCGCUGGCAAACGCCCAAGCUGAGUCCAAGAUCCUCCGCACUCAAGUCCGCGAUCUCAGCACCCAGAUCCAGAUGCUGGUCUUCAACAUGCACGCCCGCGAGAAGGGUCUUGACCAGCUGACGCGCGAGGAGACUGUCCGCCUCGAGCAGCUCUCCCGAGGCGAGAUCACCGAGGGCGCGCUCUCCGACAUGUCCGACACCCACCAGUUCAUCACGCAAAAGUUCGUCGUCUUCAAGGACAUCCAGGAGCUUCAAGCCAAGAACCAGGAACUGCUUCGCGUUACCCGCGAGCUUGCCGAGCAGAUGGAGAGCGAGGAAGCCGUGGCCGCCAAGAACCAGGCGGUCGAGGACCACCAGGCUGUUGAGCGUCUGCAACAGGAACUCGCCAGCAUGAUCAACGAGACGAAGUCACUGAGAACGACAAUGGAAAGCUUCAAGGCCGAGCGUGACAUGUUCCGCCGUUUGCUUCAACAAAAGGCGUCCGCCGGGGAGCUCGCCUCUAUCUUGGGUGGCUCUGAGGACGGUCAACGCCUGCCGCUCGCUAGCAUCGAGACGGAAGAUGGCGACGGCGUGUCCCCAUCUGCUGCUCUCCGUGCUCUGCAAGUGGAAUUUGAUACUUAUCGUAACGACGAGGAGUCUGUUCGACGAUCUCUCAGAGAACAGAUUGAUAGACUCUCGAGCGAGAAGAACAGCCUGCAGGGCGAGGUCGCCAAGAUUUCCAGCCAAAUUACUCUGGCUUCCGAGCGAUACGAGAUGCUUCACUCCAACUUUGUUGCUCUGCAGAGCGAGAACAAGGAGCUUCAGAAGCGCAAUCAGUCCCUGUCCGAGGACUCUAUCAAGCAGGAGAUCCGGACGCAACAGGUUGCUGAAGAGCUGGUCGACGCCAAGGGCUUGCUGGAGAGCAUUCGCAACGAGGCCGCUAAUCUCAAGGCAGAGAAGAAGUUGUGGAAGGAUAUUCAGGAUCGCCUCAACCAGGACAACGAGAAUCUUGUCCAAGAAAAGACACGCCUCAACAACCUGCUGGCUACUCAACAGUCAAUGCAGAAUGAACGCGACAUCACCGAAUCCGAGUAUAGACGAAAGACCCAGACCAAGAUCGACAGCCUCGAGCAAGAGCUCAACGACACCAAGAGGAAGUUGUCCGACGAGAUGGAGGAGGGCAAGAAAUUGCAGCUACGAAAGGAGUUUGAUGCUCGCGAGGCGCAGAAGCGGAUUGACGAGCUAUCCACCAGCCUCAGCCAGAUCCGCGAGGAGCACGUCGCCAUUAAGACCAGCCGGGAUCAUCUCCAGGCUCGUGUUGACGAGCUCACCAUCGAGCUUCGCAGUGCCGAGGAGCGCGCUGGCAGACUUGCGCCACGACCCACACCUCGACCCGGCACCAUGGCGCCGCCUGCACCGACAAAUGAGGAGAAUGAGGCCGAGGUUCGCGAGCUCAUCAAUGAGGUCUCUGACCUCAAGAGGGAGCUUGACAUGGCCAAGGCCCACCUUGAGACCGCCAAGGAGCAGGCUGAGUCGUACAAGCAGCUCAGUGAGCAGAAUGAGGAAGCCUUGUCCGAAUUUACUGCCUCGCAUGACCAGUUCAGAGAGGAGAUGGAGUCGACCCUGUCUGGCAAGGACGCCAAGAUCAAGGAGUUGGAGCAGCGCGUUGAAGAUCUUUCUUCCGAGCUGGCUAAUUCCAACAAGGAGCUCUCUCACCUGCGCGACUCCCAGGCUGAGGUGGCCCGCAAGUACGAAGAUGAGAAGACGAUUUUGGAUGACGAGAUCAAGCGCUUGAAGGAGGAAUCCGAGCGCCACUCUGAGGCAGCCAAGUUCCACCAACAGGAUCUUCGUGCUCAGUCCGAGAUCACCGCCAAGGCCCAGCAAGACUACGAACAGGAACUGGUCAAGCACGCCGAGGCAGCCAAGCUGGUUCAGCAGCUUCGGACAGAGUACAACAAGCUGAAGAGCCAGACUGCUACCCUCAAGGCCGAGGCCGAAUCUGCUAAGGUUGCCCUCACCCAGAGCGAAGGAUCUUGGGAGGAGCGUCGCCAGCGAUUGGAGCAAGAGAUGGCUGAGAUCAAGGCCCGCCGCGAUGAUGUGAACGCUCAGAAUAAGCUUCUACACGAGCAGCUCGAGAGCAUCACCAAACAAUUCUCGGACUUGAAGCAAAGCAGGACCGCCUCUACGGACGACACCAACGGGGACACCGAGGGUGGCAACGACAGUGCUGCCGACGGCCUUCGCGAGCUCAACAACUACCUUAGACGCGAAAAGGAGAUUCUUGAAGUACAAUACGAUCUGAAGGUGCAGGAGGCGAAGCGCCUGCAGCAACAGCUCGAGUAUUCUCAGUCUCAACUGGACGAAGCUCGCUUGAAGCUCGACCAAGAGCGUCGUUCCCAGUCCGAGAGCGGGCAGGCGUCCAUUGCCCACAAAGACCUCAUGGAGAAGCUGAACGAACUCAACCUUUAUCGUGAGAGCAGCGCCACCCUGCGUAACGAGCUAGCCCAGGCACGCGCUCAAAUCGCGGAGAAGAACACCAAGAUCGAGGAGCUUGAGGGCAAGGUCCAGCCUCUCGAGGCCCGCAUCGAGGAGCUUCAGACGCAAAAGGGCUUCCUCGAGGAGGAGAUUAAGCAAGUUCAGGAGGACCGCGACAGAUGGCAGAAGCGCACUGAGGGCAUUCUUACGAAGUAUGGCCGCGUCGAUCCUGCUGAAAUGGAGCAACUCAAGCAAACCAUCGCUGAUCUCCAGGCUGAGCGUGAUGCUCUCAAGGAAGGCGAGGGCCCUCUACGAACUGAGCUUGAGGAGGCGAAGCAGCUGCUGGAGACGGAGAAGGCGGGCUGGCAGAACACUCGCCAGCGCAUGACAGAACAAUUCAAGGAACGCUCGAGAAAGAUCACCGGCGAGAGGAACGAGGCACUUACCGCCAAGAACGAGGCCAUUGCCGAGAAGGAUGCCGCCAUCGCCGAGAAGGAGCAGCUCUUGCAACAAUUGUCCUCCGCAAACACCGAGCUAGAGACCACGAGGCAGAACCUGCAGGCCACGACCCAGCAGCGCACCGAGUUUGAGCAACAGAUUCAGAACUUCCAGCAGCAGGUGCAGAAGUUGCAACAAGAAGCUCAGGCGAAUGGCCAGACCGCUCAGCCACCCGCUGCUGCCCCCCAGCCUGCGUCUGAUCCGUCCGCAUCUGUGUCUACUGAGGUUGUUGCCCAGCUUGAGCAACAGCUUACGGAGAUCCGCACCCAGCUCGAUGCGGUCUCUGCGCAGAAGGCAAGCGCCGAGCAGGAGCUCGAGAACCUUCGCGCGCAACUCCAGACAGUUGUCGCCGAGAGGGACCAGACCGUCCAGACUGCACAGGAAGCUGCUCAGUCACAACCCCCAGCUGCGGCUGACGCUGUCCAAGCUGCCCCGGCAGAAGCGGCUACCACGAACGGUGCAGGUGGCCUGACUGACGAGCAGCGCAAGGUCUUGGAGGAGAAGAUCGCUGCGGCGGAGGCCAAGGCCGCGGAAGCCGAGCGCAAGGCACAGGAGCUGGAGGAAAAUAUCCAACAGACCAUCAAGGAGCGAUCGGACAAGAUGCGCAACGCCUUGAACGAGAAGCUGCGCCAGUCACGCGAGAAGCUGGAUGCGGAGUUCAAGACCAAAUUGGAGCAGGAGAAGAUUAUCUGGAAGGCCGAGAAUGCCAGCGCCGCCCCGACCAAGCCUUCAGAAGAGCAGCCCGCCGUUGCUGCUACCCCUAUCAAGCAGCAGCACGAUCCCGAUGCCGUUCCGACAACACCAAUUACAAGCACUCCUGGCGGCACAACAGAUCUUUCACAGCUGCCUGAUGCUGAGAUCCGAAAGUUUCUGUCCACCAACCCGACGGUGCGGAGCAUCAUGUCUUCCAAUCUGCGUAAGAAGCUUGAAGAGCAAACUGCCAAGGUCAAGAGUGAGACGGAGACGACUUUGAAGGUCGAGUUCGAGCAACGGAUCAAGGACGCUCGCGAGGAGGGCCAGAUGCUGGCGCAGAAGAAGUCGGCAUUGCAAAUCAAUAUGAAGGACAACCAACUUCGUGGCGCCAACGCCAAGAUCGAGGUUGUCUCUACCGCUGCUACCCAGACUCCUCAGAGACCCGUUGGCGAAGUCUGGGAGGAGGCGAAGGCUGCCAAACCAGCUCCCGCACAACCCACCCCCGCGAAGCCUGCCGCCAACGCGCAGCCUCGCCCCUCAAUUUCGGCACCGUCCGCUGCCGCAGCGCCGGCACAAGGCGCUGCAAACGCAAGUGCACCGCCGGCCGCGACCAACCAGGCACAACCUGCUGCUCAACCACCCAGCGCCAUUCCUCAGCCUGGCAGCGGCAUCCCUCAGCCAUCGAGUGGCAUUCCCCAAGUCAAGCGACAGAUCCCCGCUCCUUCGGAUAACAAACAAGCAGCAAAUGCUGCGGGCAAUCCGUUCGCUGGCACCAACGCUGCUCAGCCGAAUCCUUUUGCUCAGUCAGGCCAGGGCCAGGCUAACCCCUUUGCCCAAGCUGCCCAAGCACCAGGACAACAAGGCCAAGCCCAGCAGCCUGCGACGCAGAAUCAGCCGGCCACACGCAGCACCGGCAUUCCCAUGCCUGGACAACGUGGAGGCGCAACUGCCCGUGGCCGUGGAGGUGCUUACGCUGCUGGCAAUAGAGUGUCGAGUGGAGGAGCCGAGAGAGGCGGAGGUGCUCGUGGUGGACGUGGCGGUGCUAGAGGCGGACAUGCUUCCGCGAUGAACCCUGGUGCUAAUGACUUCCAGCCUGGAAACAAGAGGCCGAGAGGAGAUUCGGAAGCCGGGGGAGCAGGUGGCGCCAAGAGGGCGAGAGGAGGUGGUCACUAG